AUGCAUCCUGCCACUGGUGUCCGCGAUGCUCGAGCGAAAGAAUGGUCUCUGAACGCCAAAGACAGCAAUUUCCGCAUCCUUGUGCCGACCUCAGGCACGCCUUCAGCGCGACACCUUCCUCAUUUGGCUGUUCGGACCGUUGGUAGACCUCCGGCAAGACGUCGCUUUCCUCUACACUACCAGGCGCCCACGCGCCGUAUCAUCUUCAGGCGAGCUAGCACUCUAGGUGGCACGGCAUUCAAUACGGAGCGUGAACUGUAUAAGAGCCUCAAGGAGAGCAAGCUUUGCCAGCUAUUGGAUUUCAAGUCUGAAGUGCUGAACGGCAUCGAUGGACCACGAAUGAAGCUCGCAAGGUGAGCUGUCCACCGCAGGGGGCAUUACUGCGAUGGAGAGAGCUGAUCUCGAUGCAUCGUAAUAACAUCCAGCUUCUGAGUAUACGGAGCUGGGGAUCUGCUGCUAUACCGUACUCGCGAGACAGCAUACACACCAGACUUGUCAGUGUUUGUCUG